GUCGAUGCUGAAUGGGAACUCCAGUUUCUCAUUCAAAAUAGCCUAGUACACCUCGUAGGGAGUCUUGCCCUUAAAAGGCAACUCACCAGUUGAGAACUCAUACAGCAACACUCCGAAACUCCAAUAAUCCACGCUUUGAUUGUAACCUUAACCCUUUAUUGCCUCAGGGGCUAUAAAUCCUGGACUUCCACACAGAGUAGUGGUCUUUUAAGAUUGCUUAACCAAUUUACUCAAAUCGAAAUCCACCAAUUUCAGAUACCCAUUCUUCAUGAGCAACAGGUUUUCAGACUUCAAGUCUCUAUAAAU